GACAUGACUGAAAAGGAAAUCAAUGAUUGUAAUUUAAAUAUCCAGAUUCCAGACAGGAUCUCCUUUAAUCUCAAGUUCUUUCAAUUGGUCUGAACAUUGUUUAAGAAAAGAGAUGGGUCUGGAAAAUGGCGAAAGCAGUAUGAAAGAGCCAUUACUAUUGCACCAUGCGAAGAAGAAAAGAUCACUAAAAGUGGUGUUUCUAACUACUUUUGUUGCAGUACUGGGUUCCUAUGUAUUCGGCUCUUGCAUGGGAUAUUCAGCACCAGUUCAAUCUGCUAUCACAAAGGACCUUCACCUAUCCAUUGCUGAGGUGAUGGGAAUGUCAGACAGUAUGGGGCGUGGUGGCCAAGGUUGGGCGUGCUGGUGGGGUUCGGUGCUGGUCAGACGCAAGUGGGGGCUAGGUUUAGGUUCAAUGGGCCAUUCGGGUUUGGGCUGGUGUUAUGGGUUUAGGUUAGUUGGGGUUAUUGGGUUUCUGUGUAUUGGGUUUUGGCUAAGUCCUAUUGUAAUGUAUUUGGGCCUGAGUCUCAUAAACGGUCCAAAAUUGGCCUAUAACAGUUCCAUACUGAACGUUGGUGCAAUGAUUGGUGCUAUCACAAGUGGGCGAAUUGCAGAUUUCAUGGGCCGGAAAGGGGCAAUGAGAAUAAGUUCAGGCUUCAGCAUUACAGGAUGGAUAGCUAUUUACUUCUCCAAGGGAGCUUUGUUGCUUGAUAUUGGAAGAUUCCUGUGCGGAUAUGGAAUAGGAAUUUUCGCUUAUGUGGUACCAAUUUAUGUAGGUGAAAUUGCGCCAAAGGAUGUUCGUGGUGGCUUAGCUGCCUUGAAUCAGCUGAUGAUAGUGAUCGGAGCAUCAACGACGUUCGUAGUAGGGACAGCUUUGGAAUGGCGACUAUUAGCUCUAACUGGAAUCAUUCCAUGUUUAAUUCAGCUCCUGGGUCUUAAUUUCAUCUGUGAGUCUCCAAGAUGGUUGGCAAAGGUUGGGUAUGAAAAAGAGUUCUACAAUGCUUUGAAGAGACUCCAUGGAGAUGAUGAAGAUGCUGUUACUCAUGAAGCAAAUGAAAUCCAAGAUUAUUUGCAAACCCUAGAGCACCAAUCUAACGCCACUAUGCUAGACUUGUUCCAAACAAAAUACAUGCAUUCCAUCAUUAUUGGAGUAGGGCUAAUGAUGUUUCAACAAUUUGGAGGGAUAAAUGGAGUUGCUUUCUAUGCAAAUCAAAUUUUCACCUCUGCAGGCUUUUCUUCUUCGAAAAUUGCUAUAAUAGCUUUUGCCUCUAUUCAGAUCCCUAUAACAGCUGUGAGUGCAUUCUUAGUGGAUAACUGUGGAAGAAAACCCCUUUUGCUAGCUUCAUCAACAGGCACAUUCUUAGGAUGUUUUAUUGCAGCAAUAUCAUUUCUAAUGAAGGAACACAACUUGCUUCAACAAUGGGUUCCAUUGCUUGUACUGAGUGGAUUGCUGAUCUUCGUGGGUUCAUUUGCAAUUGGAAUGGGAGCAGUUCCUUGGGUCCUGUUGUCGGAGAUAUUUCCCAUAAAUGUAAAGGGAGCAGCAGGAAGUUUGGUGAAUCUAGAACACUGGUUUGGUGCUUGGGCUGUUUCUUACACUUUCAAUUUCCUCAUGGAUUGGAGCCCUUCAGGUACAUUUUUGGUAUAUUCAGGAGUUUGUGCAGCUUCUAUUAUUUUCGUCAACAAAGUUGUGCCAGAAACUAAAGGAAGAACCCUUAAAGAAAUACAAGCUUCCAUCAAUUCUUGAAGUUCACAACUUAUCAUUUCCAAAUUAAUGAUUUUCCUUUUAUUGUUAAAUUAAAUUAAACUUGAAUUUUAGACAUUUCAUAUUUAGUUUUAUUUAAGCAUUUCAUAUAAAAAAAAAAAAACACUCUUAUAUUAAUAUUUAUUAAUUUAUUAAAAGUCAAAUUUCAGUUAGUUUUUCAUACUAAAUUGGUGUCAAAUUUAUUCACAUUAUCAUCUUAAACG